CCUCUUCCCCCUCGACACCCUCAAAACCCGCCUCCAAUCCCACCAAGGCUUCUUCGCCGCCGGCGGGUUCCGCGGCAUCUACCGCGGCGUCGGUUCCGCGCUCGUCGGUUCCGCCCCCGGCGCCGCCUUCUUCUUCUGCACCUACGAAGCCACCAAGUCCUUCCUCCUCCACCAAGAGCAUACCACAACCACAACAACAACAACAACACCACCAAGCAGAAGAACCCAAGCCCUCACCCACAUGCUCGCCGCCUCAGCAGGAGAAAUCGCCGCCUGUGCCAUCCGCGUCCCAACAGAAGUAGUCAAGCAACGCGCCCAAGCGGGCCAGUUCGGCGGGUCCUCGGCCGCGUCGCUGCUGCAUAUCCUGCGGCAGCGCAGAGACAUUGGGGUGGUGGGCGUGUGGCGGGAGCUGUAUCGCGGGUGGAGCAUUACAGUGAUGCGGGAGGUGCCGUUUACGAUUCUGCAGUUCCCUCUGUGGGAGGGGUUGAAGGCUUGGGGACGAGAGAGGAAGGCUCGGUUGGGGAGGGGGUUGUUUGGGGAUGUUGGUGCGGCGGAGUCGGCGUUGUAUGGGAGUAUAUCGGGGGGUGCAGCGGCGGCUGUGACGACGCCGUUGGAUGUGAUCAAGACGCGGGUGAUGUUGAGCGCGCAGCGGGAGAGUAUCGCUAGCGUUGUGCGGUCGAUAUGGCACCAGCACGGGAUACGGCCGUUCUUUGCGGGCAUCGGGCCCCGGGUGAUGUGGAUCAGUGCUGGGGGUGCCAUCUUCCUAGGCAGUUACCAAUGGGCGGUCAACGCGCUAGAGAGGAGCACGCUUGUAAUAUGA